UGGAGGGUGCUUUUCCAGAAACAAUAACAAAGAGGUAUUCUGUCCAGGAAACAGCCAAGAAAUAGAAUGUCGUGUGAUAAAGAAUCUCUAAAAUUCUCCCAAAGUGUAAUAAGAGGUUUGAAGUGUUUGGACGACAUAUCAGACAAUGAAACCGUGCAAAAGAUAAUUGAGAAAAGCAUAAGAAAAACUACAGCUACGGAUAAUGCAGGAAGCGCUCCAGAUAUCCUGGCAGGAGGUUCUCAAGCUCAGAUUGAAUAUGCACUUGUGACUAUCGUAGUGAUUUCUGCAAAGCACAAUCUCUCCAGCAAUGAAUUGAAGUAUCUUCUGAGUCAGGAGAAGAUCAGGAACACAAUUUGUGACCAAAUCUGCCGGGAAUAUGAGAUAUUGGUUCCUGAAGUGCGAGCUAGACUCUCCACUUAUGGCUACACUGAGCCCUUCGUCGCUAAUGCCAACUGGAAGAUGACCUGCAACGUCCAGUCAGAUUCUGUUGACUCCAACGGCGAACUUCUGUACAAGAUCACCUUGGAGGACUUCGAUGGCAAUUCCGGUGGCUCUAAAUCAAUUACCAACUUCACGUGCAACACUGAGGAACUGCAAUUCCUUAUUGCCAAGCUGAAGGACAUCGAGAGACAUUGCGACAAGAUAGGGAAUGGUAAAUAAACACAACCUUUAUUC